AUGUUUUCAUUUGCUCAAUCUCCUUGCAUCUACGAAUGUCGGCAACCUACUCUCGAUACAUUUUCGCCUUUGAGUAUGGUUCCUGACCCUAAAAGGAGAAGAAUGGAUUGUCAACGAAUGCGUUAUCCAAACACUCGUCCUGCCAAAGCUCCAGUUAAAUGGGAUGUGACAGAGAAGGACAACGAAUAUGUGGUGUCAUUUUUCAAGCGCUUGGACGGGGAUGUUUUAGGCAAUGCGGUCCAUCGCCACUUGCAAAAAUUGAGAGAAGAACGUCAGCCAUCAUACCGGAUCGUUCGCGAUUUUUUUGGAAACGAAUAUUACGUUGAAAAUCGUUUUGACAAUGACGCCUUUAUUCGUGAAGCAAUGGCAUCAUUGGAUCUCUCUUCGAUCCAAGCUCAGGUUUCCAAGCAGAGUUUUAAAGAUUUCGAAAUCACAUUAAAUCACAGGGGAGACAAACUUGUGGUCGUGAGCAAAAGAGACGAAUUCUACCAAGAAUUCGCGCUGGGCGUGGAAUUUGAGGAUGUCUAUAUUGCUGGUUUCGAAAUGGUGAACGAUAACGUCGCAGCCCUCAGAGUGGGUGUAAGAAAACCUUGUUCAAGGAAUAUGCUGCCCGUGAAUUUCAGCUUCAUUGACAACUGCGCCGAAAAGAGGGAGCUCGAGAGAAACCAGUCUAAUGAAGAGGAAGAAGAUGAUCGCGCAAAUUAUGAAGUGUCACAGAAGGCAGCGCAAGAAGCUUACAAAUUACAGCAAAGAGGGGAGCUAGCGCGCAAAGAAAAGGCUAAGAAAGAGGCUGUCGAAGCUGAAUGGAAGGUCCAGGAAGAAGCUGCAAAGGCCAAAGCUGCUAAGGCCAAAGCUGCGAAGCGCAUCGCUCACCGGAACAAAAAACAAGCCGUUAUGGAAAAGAAAGCGUUUUUGGUCGAGCAGAAACGUAAGCUUCGUGAACAAAAAGAGGCUGAAGAAGCGGGUGCUGCUACUUUAUCGAGAACUCAAACUCCAUCUCCUUCACCUGUUGUGAUAAACAUCAAUAUUAGUGCGCCUCAAGAGAAGUCGAUUGCGACAGCUUCUGCUAAAGCGGAUAGGGGUCGUUCGCACUCGCCCGUCUUGGAGGAUGUGGAUGACGAAGAACUUCAAAGGUACCGCCAAUCGCUAGACCAUACUCCAAGAGGAUCAUCGAUUGUUGACAACGUAUAA